AUGAUCCAGCCGUUCAUCUUGCGCAGAUCGAAAAGGGACGUUGAGAAACAGCUGACGAAGAAGUACGAACACGUGCUCAAGUGCCGGCUUUCCAACAGGCAGAAAAUGAUGUACGAGGACGUCAUUCUCCAGCCCGAGACCCAAGACGCUGUGAAAAGCGGGCACUUCGUCAGCGUCCUUCACGUCUUGAUGCAGCUGCAGAAGAUCUGCAACCACCCGGAUCUGAUCAACCCUCGGCUGUGCGGCUCCUCUUAUGUCUCGGAGGCAUUGCAGUUCUCGACCGCCUCGCUGGCCUUAAAAGCCUUGGAGAGCAACCUGUGGAAGGUUGCAGACCUGAGUCUCUUUGACCUGAUUGGGCUCGAGAAGAAAAUGACGUGGUAUGAAUCCCAGGUGGUGCCAAAGCAAAAAAUAACCCGGAAGCUUAUCGAAGAGAUUUACACCUCUCCCCUGCCGCCUCCUAGGCCUACUCCCGUCAAGCUGAAGCCCAACAG